UCGCAGAUGGCGGAUCGCAUGGGCUCGGUGAGUCGCCACGCGUGCCCGUCCGUUGUUGCACAUCGACGUCAACCGCUUUCAGUGCUAUAGCGCGUUCCUCCGCGCUAUAUCUACAUAACCUAAAAUUUUACAAUUUUGUUUCAUCCUUCACUGUUAACUAGUACAUUCAAUACUCAUGAUUAUCUCGAGUUUAUAAAAGUUGUGGUGCGGAGUUAACGCCCGAUCGAGUGGCGUUUGUUGAGUGUAUUUUGUGCAACACAAAGUAAAUAUAAACGGCAAGCUGUGGGGUUCGGGGGCCUUUUUUUUGCCGCCGCAGGGGAUGUACUACCCCGUGAGUAACGGCAAUGUCAUCGAUACAGGAACACCUACCCUACUGCACAUGGUGGGCACGGGGAUGGCGGCCCCGUUCCCUGCGGCGGCGGCGGCUGCGGCGGCCGCGGCGCAGUUCGCGGCCAACGGCGACCUCAGCGCGGUGAAGGCGGACAGCGGCCCCGCCCAGCCGCCGCAGCCGCCGCUCGUCAAGAGCGAGGGCCCGCCGGCGCAGGUGCCCCUCCCGCCGACCAACUUCUCGCCGCAGCCGCCGACACAGCCACACACACAGAACUCGAUAGAAAAUCAAAAUAAUACCUCACAAAGCGAAGGAGAAUCUAACGAUGAAACCACGCCAGUAAGUGUCGCCGCAGCGGCGGCGGUGGCGCAGCAGGCGGCGGCGGCGCACGCGGCGGCGGCGGCCGUCAGCGCUGCCGUGGCCGCCGGCGCCGCGCCGCCCGCGCCGCCCGACAAGAACCUCGUGCCCGUCUCGCAGGCCUCGCAGCCCAAGCGCCUCCACGUCUCCAACAUCCCCUUCAGAUUCCGAGACCCGGAUCUCAGGAACAUGUUCGGGCAAUAUGGCACAAUACUUGAUGUAGAAAUUAUCUUCAAUGAACGCGGCUCCAAGGGAUUCGGUUUUGUAACAUUCGCAAAUAGUGGUGAUGCGGAGCGAGCACGAGAGCGUCUACACGGCACCGUGGUUGAGGGCAGAAAAAUAGAGGUUAAUAACGCCACAGCGAGAGUGCAGACGAAAAAACCGCCUGCGGUUCCGAACGUGUGUGUCCAGUGGCCCGAAGCCCCCGCGGCGGCUCUCCGCGGCGCGGCCGUGCUGCGCGGCCGCUCGCCGCGCCCGCCCGCCGCGCCCGCGCACCCCCACCCCCUCCAUUCCGCCGUGAUGCCCCGCGCCGCCGCCUUCGCCUCGCCGUUGCACGCAUACGCACCCGUGUAUUACGACCCGUUCUUAGCUGCAGCGGCCACAGCUGACUCCAACUACAGACUGCAGGCGGCGAAGCCCGCAGCCGAGGAAUCGGCGUGGUUGCAGGCGGCGGCGGCAGCGGCGGCGGCGGCGGCCCCGCUGCUGAAGUCCCCGCUGACGACGGCGCAGCACGCGGCGGCGGCGGCCGCGGCCGCCAACUACGGAGCGGCCGCACGCGCCGCCGCCGCCGCCGUGAGCGCCGCGCCCGCACCCACCGCGCUCGCGCCCCUCGCCGCCACGUACGGCAGGGAGUACGCAGAUCCUUAUCUAGGCCACGGAAUAGGUCCGGUCACAGGAUACGGGACUGCCGUCUACAGAAGCGGAUACAACAGGUUCGCGCCGUACUAAAGCCAGUGGAACAAAGUAGAAUUUUAUUACUCGAAUAUGUAAUUACCUUCGUCAUCCUUACGUAACAUGACAAUGAACUCUCUUUGUAAACGUACAAAAAAAUAAUUAAUUAUAGGUAUCAAUAAUAGUGCUAGCCGAUUACUGUUUAAGUGAGCUUGGAUAGAAGUCGAUAGGCCGGCGAGCGAGCCCCGCGGGGCCGGAACUUAUGAAUACCAAAGUCAUUAAAAUUUCUAACAGAAAAAUAGUUUAUUAAGUUGAACUGUAUUGUAAAUUAUGUGAGAGAUACAAGUGCGAGCAGCUAACGGAAAGUGCAGUCGUUCUUUUAGAUAUUUGUAAGAGUUACUAUUUUACUAAUUAUACGGGAGUGAAAAAUGUUUGUACCUACAUAUUAUUCAUGUACGGUAUGAUAUAGCGUAGUUGUUAUUCAUACGAUUGACAAUAGAAUACUUUCAUGUAACGGAUAUUUAGUGAGCUUUGCACUUGCAUAUCAUAGACAAAUUGUAAAUAUUGAAUUCGUGCACUUUUCUAAUUUUACAACAUUUCAUUUAAUGGAUCAUUUAAUACGCUUUCCGGAUGUACGCUGCAAAUUUUUGAACUAUUACAAAUUAAUGAACUAAAACAAUCUUAUCAAAGAGAUUAAUCCCGCAAUUGUAGUAUCAACUACAACUGGUAGUAAAACCGUUUUCAUCUAAAUUUCUUUCAACGUGAAACAUUAUUUUUGAUACAGUUUUAAUUUUAUCUGUAUUUUAUACGUAUGACACAAGUUGUAUUCAAAAAUUGAAUACGUGUCGUCUUAUAUACUUACAAUACGUAUUCGUAGCUAGACGUUUUGUAGUAUAUUUUAAUGACAUUUACUAUGUGGUGCGAACAGAUACUGGUGCCAUUUGUUUGGUUGUUAUUUACACGUAUAACCUCGUAACUAUAUUUUGAGUGUAACCAUUACCCGUAGUAAUACUCAUAAAUCUAUUAUUGAGCAUUGCUCGGCACUUUAUUUAUACAAGGUUAGUAACUAAGAUGUUGCAAUCCAUAUUAUUAACAACCGUUAAAAGCUUAUGUAUAUUACAUAGUAUAUUAUGUAUAUUAAAAAAAAGCUUGAAAGAUGUUUGUGCUGCAUAGCUUUAUUUACGAUAGUUUAAGUCGAUUGCAACUUUACUUCCCUUGUGAAAUAAGUCUUCCUAUUUUGUUAACGUGUCUGCGUCUCGGCUGCUCAAUUUCAAAACAUAGCAAGUGACAUUAUUUUUUCACAAAAAGGGAGUUCAAAACGCUACAUCAAAGUAGUUCACAUUGAAGUCAAGUUAAAAUAUCUAAAGAGUAAAGUUUUAUUUAAAUAUCUAUCAUAACAAGGUAAUUUGUACGAUUGUACAUGGCCUGUUUGCGAAUACUAGUAGCUAUUUUCAAAAGAUGCCCUUUAUGAGGUUUUGAAAUUACACAGCCGAUCUGGUCCAAGAUUAAGCAACUUUGGUUGACGAUUGAAUGUCGCAUUUAUUGCAAUUAGCAAAUAAUAUACUCCGCGCCACGAUACAAGUCCCGUAGACGUAGCGCUAAUGUCACAAUGGCGCUCAGUGUCAUUUGGUAAUGACGGUCUUUAUUUUCAUUUGUGUAAGGCGCUGUCAAUUUUAGUUCAGGCUUUAGUUAGGACUUCUUUCGUGGCGCGGUGUCUAGAUUCGCCACAAAUUGUGACAAAUGCAAUACGACAGGUGACUAAGUCCGAGUAAGCUCUACAAAUACAUAUAAGCGUUUUUUUUCUAUUAUGCUAUAUCGUGUACAGUCGCUUUCAACUAUAGAUUAAUGUUUACUUUGGAGUCCAUUAGAGUGGAUCGAGUUGUUUAUCGGUCGUUAGUUCUGAUAUCUAACUUUACUGAAACAUAGAUAUAUCGCUUUAGAUGUAGUGUUUAAGUGGAAAGUACUCUGUGGAGUUCUUACAUAUCACUGAGAUUUCUCCUUGUAAUUAUGUUUUAAUACUAUUACUGUAUCUAAUUUACAGUGCUAUUCUAUCUACGAUACCUUCAUUUUAUGGAACAAAUAUGCGUACGGGUCCAACCCUUUAGACAUCGUAAUGUUUAGAUCUAACGUUUGCAUUAGGAUUGUAAAAUAUUGUAACAUCUAUGAAUUCGCUCAACGUUUAUACCAAAGCACAAAACCCAUCGAUUCAUACGUUCGCGGCGCUUUGCAUGUCAUUUUUUUUUCUUCUCAUUAGAUUUAAUAGUCUUUCUAUUAGGAAAAACUUGGAAAGUCUUCGAGUAGUGUUUUUUUUUUAUAAUUUGGUCAAAAAAAAAUGGUUUUUACGCUUGCUUUAAUUUUAAUUUCGUCAUGUAGAAAUAGUUGGUGCCUGAAUAUAUUAUUGUGAUCAAACUCUGAAAGAUCUGAAACCAUUUCUGCCGAUGUCUGUGUUUCCUUUAUGCAUUGCUGCAUUUUUUGAGAAUGCAGGGGAAUUAGUUCCACCGUUGUCUUGUAAAGAUAUUUUUGUGUCUCAUACAUUUCGAUGUAUCGUGAUCUACCGUCAUUGUGACAUAUCAAUGUAACUGUAUGUAUGUUGCCCGUUUUAAUGAUAUUACGUCGAUCUUCGUUGUUAAUUCGUAAGACAGCGCGGUGCCGUCUACAAUAGCUUUAACUCGUAUACAUAUAGGCAGACGUUUUGGCUCGCUUGUUGUUAGUCUGAUUUACUAUAAAAGAUAUUUGAGAAUAAUAUACCUCCACCGGUACGGGCGGCAUAACGUAUUUCAUGUUUUAGGAUUUCUAGUCUUUUUGCGCACAAUCGUAUAGUUUUAAAGGUGCUUGAUAGUUACGAAAUACAUUCGUAUAUCUGAUUUGGAACUUUUUAUGUAAGGUUUUGUUUUUGUGUCAUAUUUUACUGGUUGCCGAGCUGGUGUCCUUCUCACCUAGAGCCACUGGCUUUGUAUUUUAGGUUAAAAGGAGAACCGGCGCCGAAAUAAAAACCAACGACGACUCAAUCACGUUAUUAUAAAAGUAUUUCAAUACUUGUUUCAAAUAUGUAUGCAAAGAAUUAAGUGACUAUUUGAAACGAUUAUUUUUGCAAUUUUAAACAAACAUUGUCGAACCCUAAUGAGAUAUAUAUUGGAAUGGAAGACGUCCUUGGGGAAAAUGUUUUUUUAAAAUCAGGAUAUCUUUCUACAUACAGAUAUUUGGAAUACUGCAAUGAUCACUGCUGGACGUUGAAAUAAGUUUCUAAUAACAUUUGGCUAGUCGUUACUGGUUACUUGUUUCCCGGUACUCCUUUGUAAUUAAACGUUACUGUAGUCAUGUUGCAGCUUCGAACAACACUUGUGCUUUAUUGCUAAAUACUCAUGUGUGAAUGUGUAGUUUAAGGUAUUUAGUUUUUCUAGUUGAUUAUUAUUGAUUUUAUAAGUUUUUUUAAUGCAAUUUCGUAUUUUAAGUACAGAAAGUAAGUACAUGUGAUUGUUUACAUAUAUUUUUUUUUUAUAAUUUUGCAAAAAUCGAUAAUGAUAGAACUUUUACAAUCAAUAGUUUUUCUUUGAUUGAUUAUAUUUUCGUGUGGCAAGUAGACGCAGCUCAUUUGGGAGAUGUAUCGACCACAAAGUCGGCGCAGGACGGAUUAGGUUUAAGACAAGCAAGCUCUCUGGCUCUGUUCGCGUCGAGCCCAAAAUGGCCGCGUCUACUUGAUGUCUCUUCUCUCUCUAGAUCAAUGCCGAUUUUUAUAUAAGGUAUUGUUUCAACAUUUUUAACGUGAUUUUCAUGAAAUAUAAAAUAUAAAUCAGAAUAUACGAAAUAAAUUAUUAAGAUUUUAGGUGUUUCAUAAUCUAAGCCAAAUCGUUGUUACUCGGAGAAAAAUCUGAAUUUAAAUGACAUAUCUGACAAAAUGGUUAGUGUGCUACAAUAAGGUUUUGAAAAGAAUUCAUCAAAAUCAAAUGUAUUAUAAAUAUAAUAAUCGUUAAAUUAAGAAUAUGGUGUAUUUUGUAUCAACAAUUGUUUCUCGUUUUUUAUGAGAUGAUGUUAAAUCAAUUCGGAACCGUUCAUUCGAUAGUUCGAUACCGCUGUGCACAGACGAUCCGUGUAUAUAGUGUUAUCGUAUCGGCCACGCGGCCGCAUGUUGCGCAUUAUUUGAGCCGUAGGUUUAUUGUUAACGUAGCGAGAUAAUAAGUAUCACUUGUUCGUCAAUUGCACUCGUCGACGCCGUUCAGUUAGAGUAGUACUCCGGCAGGCUUGCGUUCGCGCCCGGCGUGCCUUCGUAUGUGACUCGUGGGCGAGCCAUCGCACUCUUGGUGAUGCACGACACUGUACAUUUUCACGGCACGUCUAUGAAUCCAUAUGAGGUCGGUUUACGUACCUACUUAAUAUUACAGUUAACAUCAUUGGUAUGAAUAGAUAGGAACAUCUGUUCAAGACAGAAAGUGGAUGCAAUCUGAAAACGAGCUAAAUUAGUCGAAGAUCUGACAGAUAGUUGCAAGCGGUUGUUCUGCUAGCUGUCGUGAGCGACUGUCCUGACGUCACGGAGCGUGCGUAGACCGCGUGCGCGCGCGCGACCCUGCGUCGACUAGACCAGUAUUUAGAUACUAAUUACCGUGCUCAAUUCCCGUAUCUGUAUGUUGUACGUAUAAUGUUAAAACUUAAUGUUUUAAAAUUUUUUAUUAUACCUAAAUACCUACGUUUGUUAUAACUAAUGGAUGUCUUCCGUUUGGCACAUUUUAUAGAAUCGAUGCACAUUUUAAUAUAGCGCGGAAGCUCAGACCUAGCCGUCAGUGCGGACUUAUUCUUUACUUGUUAUUGUCAAAUAUGUUCGAGCCGAGUGCACAGCGACAAUUUCUCAUGCGAUUUGUGAUAAAAAUAAAUAUUGAAAUGGAUUUUUAUUUCGUGUGGCGAUUAUAUCAUAUAUUGCGAAGCUGAUUUUCUGUACUAUUGUAAAUAUAUAUUUUUUUUCAAAUCGAAAAUGUUGAAUGAAGUGAAUCAUUUAAGCCUUUGGCAUUGUGUACUCAUUUACGUUAUUAAUAAAUUAUAGUAUGAAUUGA